GAAAUCAUCCUGUUCGCCGGACUUGCGAUUAUCGAAGUGAAUUUUGAGGUGAACGUCGAUCACGUGAAUUUCCUCAGCACCUGUUGCCGCAUUCGAUGGACUGCCGACCGGCACAUGCUCAUCCCUCUUUUUUUCCGUCGCUAG